AUGGCCACGGUGACGGUGCUGACCCACAGGUACCGGGGCCAACCCGUCACGGACGGGAGCCCGGAGCUGCUGGCACUCUGCGCCCGCCUCGAGUUCCUGCUCCAGUUUGACCUGAAGGAGAAGCGCAGCCUGUGGGGACAGCGCCAGGACUACUGGGACUUCUUGUGCCAGGGCCUGCGCGGGCACCACGAGCACCAGGGCGUCACCCACGUGCAACACCUGCCACAGCUCCGGACCCCGCUGGGCCGUGGCCGUGCGCUGCUGCGCUACUGCCUGGCGCGCGGGCAGCUGGCGGAGACCCUGCAGCUCUGCCUGCUGGACCCCCAGGCCACCAGGGCCUGGUACCACGCGCGCAGCCCCUUCCUGGACCCACGGCUCUGCGCCGACCUCCUGGCCUGCCUCUACGACCUGAACGGCGUCGCCUUCUGCCUCGACCCGCAGCCCCCUGGCCUGGACGCCGGCUGGCCCCCCAGCACCGCACGGAGCCCCUCCCCCGGUUCCAGGCGGAGCCCCUCCGGCUGCCAGGACCAGCCCAGCCAGGCCGUGGACGCCCAACAGCCCCCAGACAGCGGGAGCCAGACACAUGAGGAGCCCGAGAGCCCUGAACCAGAUCCCGGUGCCCCCUUGGCCUGCCCAGCCCCGCAGGGACCCGCCCUGCAGCCCAGCACAUGCCCAGGCCCUGACACCUCUGCCACCGGCCCCGGGGACCAUGCGGCUGCCCCAGUGCUCGGGGCUCAGGCGGGGGCCCAAGAUCCUGGGGGGGCCGAGGCAGAGGCUGCGGGGCUGCGGCAGGCCCUGGCAGGGGUCCAAGCCGAGCUGGGGCGGGUGCGGGAGCAGCUGGUGACGCUGAGCAGCCAGCAUGGAGCCCUCCUGGAGGGGCUGGCCCAGGCCCUGGCCCAGCUGGAGCUGCCGCGGACCCCCGGGGAGGGCACAGAGAUGCUGGAGCACCUGUGUGCCUACCUGGUUGAAGCCCGCGCCAGCGCCCAGCGCCACGAGCAGGAGCUCCGGGCCCGGGAGGAUGAGCUGAGCAGGUGCCAGCAGGACGUGCAGCGCCUGGCGCAGGCCGAGCACGAAGCCCUGGCGCGGGAGCAGGCGGCGCGGGAGGAGCUGGGGCAGCAGCGCGAGGUUGAGCGGGAGGUGAAGGGGCGGCUGCUGGAACUGCUGCGGGAGAAGGACUCGCUGUGGCAGCAGAGCGAGGGCAUCAGCGCCCCCCUGGUCCCGGGCUCCUGCGCCCGCUGCCAUGGCAGCUCCGGCCUCUUCGCCCGCCGCCACCAGUGCCGGGUGUGCGGCAGGGCCGUGUGCCAGGCCUGCUCCGUGGACAGCGCACGGGGGGAGCGGCGCUGCCUGUCCUGCUCCCGAGCCCGGUCCCCCCAGGGCCCCUGAGAUGCAGCCCCCAGGAACGGGCAGACAGACGGGGAUAACAACCCACUACUGCAGCUGCAGCAAGAUGCUCCCGGGUGCAGCUCCUGACACACCAAUACAUGCUGAUGCACG